UGCAGUCGUCGGGUUCCCUUUGUCUGGAGGGACGUUGUGCCUGGGCAGGAUAUGUUUAGUUGAUUGUGUCUUGGUUGUGAUAAUCAUUGACAAGUGUGUGAUGGAUGCACACUCCUCGAAACAGGACACAACUGGCUGUUUAUUUUAUAUCCUGUUGUCAGUUUAUCAGCCUCAAGACCGUCUCUUGUGUGAUUUUCAGGAGGCUGCUGUACAGACAUUAAUGGAUUCAAGAAGGAAGACUGUGUAGUGAACAAGGGUUUUGAUGUCUAGUGUUGCUUUCAUUGUAUUUCGUAAGCCAACCUACGUUUGUAUAGUGUUGCCAAUGGCCUACUGCAGCGAGUGUUAAUGAAGGAAAUGGUUCGGACAGCGGAAGAGGAAGUGGCAGUAUGAUACAGUUAUAAGUUGUAUGAAUUAGGUGUGAACGGAUAGUGUUUUGUCUUAUGCAGAUACAUUGACGAAGAUAAUUUCGUCGAGCCAGUGAACUUUGUCAAUGAAGAGAUGAUAGCAGUUGUUGGUUAAGAACUCAUGUCUGUCGACUACGGACAGAAGUCCCACAGCUUUCUUGAAGAAGAAAGCGUAGUCGGGCUUACGGUAAUCAAUCAAAUGCCAUUUUGGUGACCACUGCGUUCUUCUCUCUCCCCGCCGCCCAGACUUUGUACCAUCCUGUUCAGUUGAGAGCAACAACAGCAGGUUCUUAAUGAUUGCAACACCAGCGAAAAGUCAGUGUCAGUGAAUUACAACUCCGCAGAUAGGUUCACUGCCACUUCAUGGCUGUUGUUGGUCCAAGUAGACACUCCCGAGUGUCCAUGUCUGUCUCGAUGUCACUCAUGCAGGGCGGGGGCGGAGGGGGAGGACACCAACAAGCCAUCCUUGCGGCGGCUCAACCCUACUAUCACCCGCAACAUACGCCAGCGACCCCGACGCAUUCUCACACCCAGGACGUCCAGCCCGACAGGCCGAUCGGAUACGGAGCCUUCGGUGUUGUCUGGGCCGUGACAGACCCGCGAGACGGGCGGAGAGUGGCCCUGAAGAAGUUGCCCAACGUCUUCCAGUCGCUGGUGUCUUCCAAACGCGUGUUUCGCGAGCUGAAGAUGCUGUGUUUCUUCAAACACGAGAACGUUUUAUCGGCGUUGGACAUUCUGCAACCACCGCAUCUCGACUUCUUCCAAGAAAUUUACGUCAUCACGGAACUCCUGCAGAGUGACCUCCACAAGAUCAUUGUAUCGCCACAGCAUCUCUCAGCUGACCACAUCAAAGUCUUCCUGUACCAGAUUCUCCGAGGUCUGAAGUAUCUCCAUUCUGCCCGCAUUCUUCACCGAGAUAUCAAACCCGGCAACUUGCUUGUCAACAGCAACUGUGUUCUGAAGAUCUGCGACUUUGGUCUGGCACGGGUCGAAGAACCGGAUCAGUCGAAGCACAUGACCCAGGAAGUAGUGACUCAGUACUAUCGAGCACCAGAGAUUCUGAUGGGAGCGCGUCACUAUUCUGCAGCAGUGGACGUCUGGAGCGUCGGCUGCAUUUUUGGAGAACUGCUGGGAAGACGCAUUCUCUUCCAGGCGCAGAGCCCGGUACAGCAGCUCGAGCUGAUCACCGAGCUACUUGGCACUCCUUCCUUGGAAGACAUGCGCUACGCCUGCGAUGGCGCCCGUACCCACAUGCUGCGGCGAGCUGCUAAGCCCCCCUCCUUGACAGCCCUGUACACGCUGUCGUCGCAAGCGACGCACGAGGCGGUGCAUCUCCUCUGCCAGAUGCUGGUCUUUGAUCCGGACAAGAGAAUAACCGUGGUGGACGCUCUGGCGCACCCGUACCUGGACGAAGGCCGAUUGCGAUACCACUCUUGCAUGUGCAAGUGCUGCUACACGGCCGCCGGUGGGAUGAGACAGUACACCGCUGACUUUGAACCUGUUGCUCCUCACGGCUUCGAUGACCUGUGGGAGAAGAAACUCACUUCUGUUCAACAGGUUAAAGAGGAAAUGCACAAGUUCAUUGCGGAACAACUGAAUACCAGUAGAGUCCCGUUGUGCAUUAACCCUCAGUCUGCAGCUUUCAAGAGCUUUGCCAGCUCUACUGUUGCCCACCCGUCUGAACUGCCCCUCGCCCCACCAGUGGGAGUGACGCUAUCCCCACCCUAGUUUGCAAUCGUGAAAAGUCUUCACUCUCGUCUGAUGGUCAGGGUGCCUCCGUGUCACCCGAGCGGGGCGUGGCCUACCACCUCGCACCAAAGCCUGUUUUAGGAAUCCAAAAUGAAUAUUGCCGUAGAAGCAUGGGAAUGCAGAUUUACAAAAACUUUUCUUUUUGUGUGCGUACCAUCACAGGAACGGGCGCUAACUCAAUUAAGUUUGUCUCCUUCCCUUCUUCACCUGUAUAUAGCAAUUACAGCAGUAAUGGUGCAUUGUGCGCGUGCGCAAGCCACGUGCCACCGCACUCGAGAGAACGAACACCAGAAGUGGAUCUGGUCCUAGUGGAAUUGAUACCAAAAGCAUCGCCAGGCUCCCUCGAAGGUUUCUGAGGGAUUGGCAGCAAAGUGUAAAACCAUUUCUAUUGGUAAAUGGAAGCGUAAGCGUAUUGUGAUUACCAGGGACGUACUUUUAAAGGACGAGAUGUGAAAUGUGCAAAGUAUUUCUGCCUGGUUGCAGGAAAUACAAUAUAAUCAGCUCAACGUAUCGGCCAGUGUUGCCACUUGUCAGCGGCAUCCGUGCGCUCUGCUCGUGGUACCGGACGGCGUGAAAGGAGACGGUUCCGUGCCACAGAUGAGGAUUUACUGUACUAUAAAUCUGAUGACUGAAUGUUCUGUGAUCGUGGGACAAGUUGAGAUUCCAAGUUGCCUCCUGUCACCCAGCAGAAUUUAAUCGUCUUAUAAUUUUUGUAUUUUAUUUCCUGAUAACGUCGAGUUAUUUUGGAUUGAAAUGACGGUUAUAAUUCCACAAUUUUUAGCUCUGCCUGUUGAGUCAGGGCACAGCGAAGUUUCCUCCUUUUUGAUUUUAUCGUAUUUGUACUGUAAAAUCUGUGAUUUACUGAGAACACCUGGAAUUUUAGAAACAUUCUUGUGGGUAUUGUUAAUUUCCAACAAUUCAAAACAUGUAAAUAAUUGUCGGGUUUAUUUUAUUUCUUUUAUAGACUGAUUAAUCGUAUUGGGGUAUUUUUUAAAAUGAAUAACGCAUUUCUGUCUGUCAGGGUUUGUGUAAUUGUUUCUAGUGUUCUAGGAUGCUAUUGUACAUAGUUGUAAGUGAGUCGUUCGCUUUGAUGUCCCAUUUUACGUCAGAUUUACAGGUAAGCAGCGUGUAGCCGGUGUAACAGAACUGCACGCAAUAAGCCGAGAGUGGCCCGAUGCACUCCGUUCGUGAUGAUAUCCGUUAACUUUUAAAUCAGGAACGGUAGUUCUAGAAGCAUUAAAAAAAAAUCCAUCGAUCUCAUAAUCAACAACUUAGUCAUCUAUGUCAAAAUAUUUUUUUUAAUUGUCGUUAAUUUAAGUCAAUGUUUCCUAUUACAUUAGUGUUUUUUUAUACGUUUCCAUCAGAUUUUUUGGUGGUCAUACAUACAUGUGUAUAUAUACUAUAUAUAUAAAGCAAUGCGCAUUGCGACUGCAUUCGGACGCACAGUAGUUUUCACAGCGGCGUUUGUAGGCCGUGCGUGGCUUUGCGUCUUAAGAGAAAAGUACGAGCAGUCUGCGUCAUUUGUGUUUGUCUUCACGUUUCACUUUCUUCACUUGUGGUUGAUCACUUUGGGAACCCAUCAUUGAAGUGCAGGCAAAAUCAGCGCGUUGCGCCGUCGUCUCGUUUCUUCUUCUAUCCAGUGCUACCAUUUACUGGAUUUCAGUUGUUACAUUAACAAUACCCAGGUAUUUUACAGAGUAAAUGUGGUGAUAUAUCUGCAAGAACUUACGUUGGUACGAUGAAUGGGCUGAUGAAAUAUUUAAAAAGUUAUCUUAGAAGUCCUACAUACUGUUGCCUUUGAGUUAUCCAGAUAGGUUAGGUUAGGUUAGGUUAGGUUUACACGUAGAUUAGGUUAGGGAAGAAAUAGAUACUGAAUCUUGUUCUGUUCAUCUUACAGAGGCCUUAUCAGAUGCUUGUCCCAAUGUGUGAACAUAACCUAACUUCCGUGUGGUGUCUAGAACUGUGUGUGGGUGUUACAUAUAAAUAAUCUUUUUUGUCUUGAUCGCUAAUAUUUGGAGAAGGGGCGUUCCCAGGUAAUUAGAACGUGUCUCUGUUGUUGCCAAAGGCCGUUUCCAUUCCCCCGUGAAGUGUAGGUCGUAGUUCGUCUUGACCAUUAACACAAUGAAGUAGAUGUUUAAUUUUACACCAAUCACUGCCAUUUGUAUCUGGUCUCUGGAUCAACUUACCUUUCUGCAGGAAAGUGUCUGCUCUCCCUGCACGAAGGAAAUUCAUUCCUUAAUUAUGCAGCGUGCGCUAUCGUGGAUUUGAUGUCGCCGUGUUUUGGCAUUGCCAAUAGUAGUCAGAUAUUGGGCAUCUCAAUUUAAAUUUAAAUGAUGGAAGUGAGCUAGCAUAAUUAUUUAUACUGCAUGUUGUGAUUUUUACAUCAGGAACGUAGGAAGAUAUUGCAUUUCCUAAAUCUGUAAAUGUUGUAAGUCCACAUUAUAGUAUCUUGCCUUGGCGUAUCAUAUUUAUGGAGCUGGUUGAGAGAUGUGCGUUGAUGCUGUGCUGUAAAACUGCCAAUAAUUUAUCUUUACAAUUAACACUGCCCUUGGUGUUAUUUUCGUACACUUAAGAACUUAAGAUUAUUUAACGAUUUGCAACGAUUUUUACAUUAUCGAGAUCACGGACCUAGUUGAAAGUAGAGAACUCGUAGAAUUAAGAAAUCAGAGAGCCACAAUAAGCGGGAACGUGAUUUACUGCGCAUUUCAUCUGUCCUACUAUAAACGAGGACCAAUACCGAGUGACUUUCUCGAACUGAACUUAAAAAGUGAUAAUGUCAACAUAAUUUGAAACAGGAUGUGGUACAAAGACAUUGCGCGUGUGUUCAUCCAGUUUCAUAGCGUUGAGAUUAAGAUUUUAUAUAUAAAAAGAACGUUCUCACUUUUUCUCGGGCAUCCUCUGUAUUUACGGCACAACUUGGAAUUUUUCAGUGACAAAAUUUUGCGCUUCUGAUCGUAAUGCUUGGCAAUUUAUUUCAGUGUGGCAUUAUUACAAGAAGUUGCUCACCACUGUCUUGACUCGAAACAUUUGCUCUCAUGGCUUGAUACGCCACGGUACAUACGCCUUUUGCUCAUCGGAAUGUCGUGCACUCAGGUAGCAAACAGCAUGAACCUGUUUCCUGCCGCCCUCCUUCAAAUCAAUAUUAUAUUGUACAUAUUGUAAUAUAAGGUCAGUAUGUGUGGUGAGGGUUUUUGUAUUUCUGGCUUCAAGAAUCGUCCCAACUAGAUCGUAAUGUAUUCUAUUUAUUGUGUGUCCUUGGGAUGGUUAUUGAAAGCUGCUAUUUUUUAAUAUUCUAGAUUUAAAGACGAUAUUGCUAAACUGCUGCUGUCAUUGCAGUAGACAGGAAACUAAUCAAUGGGCCAAGACCAAUCACCGUGUUUUGUGUUUCUUAUAGCCGACGGCGCACGUGACGUUUUAUGUCGGCGUACUAAGCGGAGAAUGGUGUUUUGUUAAAUCGAGACUUCUGGAAUAUCAGAAAAUAAUUCUGGCAGCAAUUUAAUUGACAUUCCUUCUGUAUGGCAGCGCGUCGAGCGACGCGUCAUAUUUAAAUAUGCGACUGGACGAGGAAUCAAACUACGUAAUUCAAAUUCACUGCUUCCAUUACCUGUGGUGUCCACCGCAACUGAAUGUCAGCGGAGGAAAUAGUACCGUUGCUAUGCAUCCAAGUAAUAAUUAUUAUUAAGCACGUUCACAUGAUUUAAUGUGUACAAUUAUAUAAUAUAUAUAUAAGUUUUGUUUGGCAAAAGGUUUUGGCAAGAUGGGAACAAGCCUGAACUGUGGCACAGGGUUGCCAUGUAUAUUUUUAUACAAGUACUCAAUAUAAAUUGACAUUAAAAUUGUGCAUAAUUAAAAGAAUUUUUCUAUAUUUCAAUUCUUGAAAUUGUGAGGUUAUUGAACUCUGUGUUGAAAGAAAUCAAAACUCUUUAUCGUAAAAAUGAAAGAAAGAGCCGUCCAGAGCCGGUCGCAUUUACCUCGAUAUCUCCGCAGUCCCGCGGAAGGCAGCAGGCGCGCUAACGGGUGCGUCGGAACAAAACGCCCGCGACCCUUCCCCAGUUCCGAGCCUUGUUCUCCGUCUGUGCUUUAUGUGAGCGAUGGCAAAGUUUUUGACGUGUUGGUCCUACAAAAUAAGAAUGGAAAAAAUAAAUGCCACGAUUUUAACACCAGAAUAUUCCAGGAUGGUUGUGGUUCCAGAAAUUGAAUUGUAAUGUGUACAAGCUAGAAAUACUAGACAAUACCUCAGACUGGUGUCUUUUUCAAUACCUCAUUAUUAUUGUGCACACGUCAAAGUCUUAAUAUUUUGUAGGAAGAAAGCGUUGCAGAAGUACACAACUCGGUGGUGUCCAUUUCAUAUCAUAACCGCGUGAUGUUCCAUUCAGCAUUCACGAAGUCAAUGCAAAUUUUCCACAUUCUCUGUUUGCGGUUCCUGCCUAUUUUACCAUUGAGACUCGUGUAACGCGAGGUUUGUGAAUUCGGUUUUGUUGAUUUCCCAGACUUGCUCCGCACUCUUCAGUAAUGCCAUUGUAAGGUAGUGGCGUCGCAUUAGUUACCGCGGAACGGCUUUUAAUAAGAUCGCCUGAUUCUACCCAUGGGGGUGAUCGGAUUUUAAAAAAAGGUGUUCCUUCUUAAUAUUGAUUUUAGUUUUUAUUGAAUAACAGCAGUGUGCCGUUUUGGCCAGUAAUCUCGCGCUGAAUCGUGGAGGGGUCGGAUGGCGCCUGCCCUGGCAUGCUGUUGGAAGUACGAGGAUUAUAAAAGUAUUUUCAUUUGAGCUUAAAGUGCAUUUGUUUGUGGCAAUCUGCAAUUUAAAGAAUUCAAGUAACCAACAACUUGACUGGAAGAUGCAACAUCCUGUAGUAAGUAAUGGUACAUGAAAAAUGGAAAUAUAUUUUUAACUUAUGUAAUUCUUUCACCCCAGUUAUGAGGCUGAAAUUACAUGGUACAUUCUGGAAUAAUUUGACCUUUCCUGGACUGCGUGUGUAUUUCAUUGUCUUUCGUGCAUUAAUUAUCAAAUUCUACUCCAUUGAUGACAGUUUAAUUUGGUGGUUGGGGAUGUAAGGACAUUGCUGAGAACCCCAUGGCAUUUUGUACUUUUAAAUAAGUAAAUGCCAAGAAGUGGCAAGCUUUCUUCCUACUCAUGCACCAUUUCCUUCUCUGUGGUAAGGUUAAAGGUUAGAUUUAGGUAGUAUUGGUUGUGUAUGGAGGCCUUUCAGUCUAGAGAGAGGUCGUGCUUUUAGCAUCAAGAGAGUAAAUUUUCAUGUUUUUUGCACAUGGUCAGUUGUAUUAUGAACAUCCCUCCCCUGUUUUGUAGGUGACCCAGUGGCAAACAAUAAAAUCUACUUGAAACAGGUG